AUGGGGGCAAACUCUCAGCACUCGGCCCGUUUCCUACCGGGAUUCUUGAUAUAUGACAAGGUUCAAAUCGUGGUAAUCUGCGUCCAAGAGACUAUAAUAUCUAUCAUCUAUAUCUACGAAACAGUACGGCUGCUGGGCCACGACACUAGCAGCAACGGCCGCGGGCCCCUGCAGAAGCUACUCAGACACCUUGUCUUCGUCAACAUCGUAGUCCUGAUCCUCGACAUCACCCUCCUCGCCGUCCAGUUCUCCGGUAACUACGAGAUUCAAACGACGUACAAGACAGCUGUGUACAGCAUCAAACUCAAAAUCGAAUUCUCUGUCCUUAACCGACUCGUCAGCAUAGUGGAGCACAAAGACCUUUUUGGCAAUAGAGGAACUCCUGGUAACAACACCCUCUCUUUGGGUCCAUGGACUCAGAGCAGAAAGACGCACUUGAGCACUAGAUCUGAUCGCCCUGGCGCUUUUUCCAAAAUUGAGGAGACUGACUCGUCAGGUCACAGUGGGAAGGACCCAUUCGUGAGGGCAUCUGGAAUACAUCUUGACCAGGGAGGGGCGUUACAGGCGGGUGUGCCGGCUAGUGAAAGUCGUCAACUUUGA